AUGUCUGCAGUUGAAUUCAGACGCCCUGUCCUCUCCAGAACUCUGCCGGCGGAGCUUGCAAGGACUUAUAUCGAGUCGUACUUUGCCCAUCUACACCCUGUAUUCCCGUUCGUAGAUCGUGCAGAGUUUGAAGAGAAGGCAUCUGUGCUUGAUCUCUCUAACCCCAGCGCAUCGGACGCAGCGUUUUCUGCACUGUAUCAUUCCAUCCUAGCAUUGGGGUGUCAAUUUCAUGAGCGCCACAAUUUUGAUCCUGGUCAAGGAGAAGCGUGGUAUCUUUUUCAGGUCUCGCUAGGCUAUAUUCCCGAUAUCCUGGCCCCGAGAGAAUCGUUGACCGGUCUCCAGGCUCUUGUUGCUAUGCCCCAGUCUAUCUUCGCCAAUACGACCUGCUGCCUUCAAGUUGAUGAGAUGCUCUUGAUGGAAGCGACACGGAUGGCCCUCUCACUUCGAUACCACAGAGCUGUGGGCAACAACGAACAUCGCUAUAACUCGGCAUGUCGCAGAACAUUCUGGGUAGUUUACUGCAUGGAGAAGCACAUGACCUUCCAGAACCAGAGAGCCUCUAUGAUCCCAGACUGUGAUAUCGGCUGCCCCGUCCCUGAAACCCCCGAGGCCAUCUUUGGAGGAUUCAACUGGUUCUUCUCCACGGCCCGGUUCAGUCGCAUUCUUUCUCGCGCAUACACGACCCUCUUCUCUAUCAGCGCGAUGACGCACAGCGUCCAGUCCUCCCGCUCUUCCCUCUCUAAGAUCGAGGAGCAGGUCGAGAAUUGGCGGAUGACCGUUCCAGUGGAGUUCCGACCUGGUUGUCCGGUUGAUCUGCACCGGUUACCCAGUCUCAGUGUAAAGACUGUUAUACUUCGGACUCAUUUCGCGUACUAUGCCUUGGUCAUCGCUCUCUCACGACUCAAACUGUAUUUGAAUUCGCGAGAACCCGCAGCUCAAUUCCAAGAAGCUCGAUGCAAGCUUCUCAAUGCAGCGCGUACGGUCAUUGAGAUGACCCAGUAUAUUGAAGUCGCGUCAUACACGCCGCUCUUCAUCCUAGCAUACCUGCCCCUAGCAGCACUCUUCAUUCUCUUCGAGUUCGUAAUCCACAACCCCACGCAUCCGGAAACGCACAUCAACCUGUCCCUGCUGGAUGUCGCAGCAGGCCAUUUCGGCUUGUUGCAUUAUACGUCUGGCGGAUCGCUCCCUUCCUCGAUGGUGGCCGAGUUCGCCGAUAUUGCUCGACAGCACGUUAGAGAUUCCAGCUCCAGUCUGGACCAUCAACAACCAAAAACCGGGUUCGACAUGGACCAUCCGUCCGGGGGUAGGUCGGCUCGGGAGUUCUCAAAUGCUCCUUUAGUGUCAGAAGGGUUUGAAAGUAACGAUGGGGUUGGAUUCCAAGCUGAUACGGCGGUGUCUGGCGAGUAUGCACUUGACCUGGGCCAGGGAUUUGACACCAUCGCGCUGCCUGAUCUUGACUUUCGGACUUUGUUCGGAUCUGUUCUCCCUGAUCUAGGCGUAGAUUAGGGGUGUUCGGUUUUUGUAUCCUAUAAUAUCAAUUAAUUACUAUAUUAUUUUAGCAAUAGAAUGCGAU